GGUCACCCGCUUUGAAACUCAAGUAUAUAUAAAAACCGACAAAAACACGUUAUUCUUAUCUUAGCAUCACGAAAAUAAAAUAAAAAUUAAAUAAAACCCUUUUACUUUCUCUCUCCUCUAAACUUCAAUUUCUCUAUCUACCUCCAUUGCCUCCCUCCUUUUUCCUCACUGCUACUCCGCCAUGGAUUCAAGAUCAAGCAGCGCUCGAAAAAGCUUGAAGCGAAAGUUUGAAGAAGAUUUUAGCGAAAGCAAGGUCGAUCUAUGUUUAUCUUCACAAUUACCGUUACAUAAUCGAAGCAAUCAUCAAGAUCUGUUGAUGGAAGGGAUUAAUUCUCAUAUUAAUCUUCUUAAACGUUGUUACUCGUGGUCGGAAUCUGAUCGAUUUGAUUCUAAACGCGCUACUCAUUUCUUGUCCGGACUUGCCAAAAAUGAAGAAUUGGUGAAUUUGAUUGUUGAGUGUGGUGCAGUACCUGCUUUAGUGAUGCAUCUUCAGUCGCCACCUUAUAGUGAGGAUAGCGUUUCUAGACCUCUUGAACAUGAGGUUGAGAAAGGAAGUGCCUUAGCGCUUGGUCUUCUUGCUGUUAAGCCGGAACAUCAGCAACUUAUUGUUGAUGCUGGUGCUUUGCCUCAUCUUGUUGAUCUUCUUAAAAGACAUAGAAACGGGUGUAAUGUCCGAUCUCUUAAUGGUGUUGUAAGAAGAGCAGCUGAUGCAAUAACCAAUCUUGCUCAUGAAAAUAGCAACAUCAAAUCUUCUGUGAGGAUUGAAGGCGGGAUUCCACCACUUGUUGAACUUUUAGACUCAACUGAUAUCAAAGUUCAGAGAGCAGCAGCAGGUGCACUAAGAACUCUUGCUUUUAAGAACGACGAGAACAAAAACCAGAUUGUUGAGUGCAAUGCUCUGCCAACCCUAAUUUUAAUGCUCCGUUCUGAGGAUCCUGCUAUUCACUAUGAAGCGGUUGGUGUGAUUGGGAAUUUGGUCCACUCAUCUCCUAAUAUAAAGAAAGACGUUCUCCUUGCUGGUGCCCUGCAACCUGUCAUUAGUUUGUUAAGUUCAUGUUGUUCUGAGAGUCAAAGAGAGGCAGCUUUACUCCUUGGACAGUUUGCUUCAGCUGAUUCAGAUUGCAAGGUACACAUUGUCCAGAGAGGUGCUGUCCCACCUUUGAUUGAGAUGCUUCAGUUGCCAGAUGCACAACUUAGAGAAAUGUCAGCUUUUGCACUUGGAAGGUUGGCUCAGGACUCACAUAAUCAAGCUGGAAUUGUUCAAUGUGGUGGUAUUGUGCCAUUGCUAAAACUUCUUGAUUCAAGAAAUGGUCCUCUACAACAUAAUGCUGCAUUUGCUUUAUAUGGUCUUGCAGACAAUGAGGAUAAUGUUGCAGAUCUUAUUAAACUUGGUGGUGUCCAGAAACUUCAAGAAGGGGAUUUUGUAGUUCAGCCAACUAAGGAUUGUGUGGCAAAGACCCUGAAGAGGUUGGAGGAAAAGAUUCACGGACGAGUAUUGACCUAUCUGUUGUAUCUGAUGCGGGUAGCUGAUAAAAGUGUUCAAAUACGGGUUGCAUUAGCUCUUGCUCACCUUUGCUCUCCUGAGCAUCAAAGGAAGAUCUUCAUCGACAAUAAUGGUUUGGAGCUGCUCUUAGAACUUCUUGAAAGUACAGUAAUUAAGCAGCAGCGAGAUGGUUCAAUGGCUUUGUACACGAUGGCUAGCAAAGCCACUAUAGUCUCACCAGUUGAUGCAGCUCCUCCCUCACCAACUCCACAGGUGUAUUUGGGAGAGCAAUAUGUAAAUAAUUCGACUUUGUCUGAUGUUACCUUCCUUGUAGAAGGUCGGAGAUUUUAUGCUCACCGUAUAUGCCUUCUUGCAUCUUCUGAUACAUUUCGUGCAAUGUUUGAUGGUGGUUAUAGGGAAAAGGAUGCUAAGGAUAUAGAGAUUCCAAAUAUUCGAUGGAACGUCUUUGAGUUGAUGAUGAGAUAUAUAUAUACAGGUUCUGUAAAAGUCGAUCAGGAUAUUGCACAAGAUUUGCUUAGAGCUGCUGACCAGUACCUACUAGAUGGUCUUAAACGACUUUGCGAGUAUGCCAUUGCCCAGGAUAUUUCCGUGGAGAACGUUGCACUGAUGUAUGAGUUGUCGGAGGCAUUCAAUGCUAUGUCAUUACGCAACUCUUGUAUCUUGUUUAUCUUGGAGCAGUUUGAUGGAUUAAUUUCUAAGUCCUGGUAUACUCGCCUAAUUCAACGAGUUUUACCGGAGAUUCGUAACUUUUUUGACAGAGUUCUUACCAAGCCUAAUUUCGUUGAGGUGACUGAAUCACAGAUGAUCUAGUUAUCAUUGCAAUCUUUUAACUAACCAUUUGGGAACUCGUUUGCUUGCACAAAUGUCAAAUAGGUUCAUAUUCAAAGUUGGAGGGGAUGAAGUAGCCUUCUAUUUUUUUGUAUCUGGCAUUAUUGGCCCUGUAAUAUGAUAGAAAUAGAAUAGACUAGAGAGAUGUAAAGCCAAUACAUGCAUUCUAAUUUUUAGAGAAAUUCUUCAUGGUGA